AGAGAACUGUCGGAAAUGUCUUCUGGGACACAAUCCGCCAAAAGACGAAGAGUGGAGGAAAAUGGGGAGACGAAUUCCUCAUCCACGUUUACACUCUUCAGCAUGGCGACAGGAGCGUCCACGAAGAAAAUUGCCCUUCUUACCGGUAUUACCGGACAGGAUGGGUCCUACUUGGCAGAGUUUCUCCUUGCUAAAGGUUAUGAGGUACAUGGUAUCAUCAGAAGAGCCAGUACAUUCAACACAUCCAGAAUAGAGCACCUGUAUGCUGACCCAAAAUGUCACACUGAGGGAUUGGGAAGAGGCACCAUGCACCUACACUAUGGUGACCUAACGGACAGUACAUGUUUGGUGAAGAUUAUCAGAGAGGUUCUACCACAUGAGAUUUACAAUCUUGGUGCUCAAAGUCAUGUGAAGGUGUCAUUUGACCUAGCGGAAUACACAGCUAAUGUGGAUGCUGUGGGAACCCUCAGGAUACUGGAUGCCAUGCGUACUUGUAACGACCUUCUACCUACGGAUGUAAAGUUCUACCAAGCUUCCACGAGUGAAAUGUUUGGCAAAGUUCAGGAGAUCCCACAGAAAGAGACCACCCCUUUUUAUCCACGGUCCCCAUAUGGUGUGGCCAAGGUCUAUGCCUACUGGAUUGUGGUGAACUACAGGGAGGCCUAUGAUAUGUAUGCGUGUAAUGGAAUUCUUUUUAACCAUGAAAGUCCCAGGAGAGGCAAUACAUUCGUGACACGUAAGAUUACAAGGGCUGUGGCUAAAAUCAGUCUCGGCCAGCAGGAGGAAAUUCAGCUUGGAAACAUCGACUCCAUGAGAGAUUGGGGACAUGCAAAGGAUUACGUGGAGGCCAUGUGGCUCAUGAUGCAACAAGAAAAACCAGACGACUUUGUCAUCUCGACUGGAGAAAGCCACAGUGUACGGGAAUUUGUAGAAAAAGCUUUCAAGGUUAUAGGAAUAGAAAUUGUGUGGGAAGGCAGUGGAGUUGAUGAGGUUGCUAAAGACAAGGCCACAGGUGUCAUUAGAGUUCGGAUCAACUCGAAAUACUACAGACCUACAGAAGUGGAAUUCCUACAAGGAGACUGUACCAAGGCAAAAACUAACCUGAAGUGGCAGCCCAAGUAUACCUUUGAUAGUCUUGUUGAAGAAAUGGUGAAGUCUGAUUUAGAUCUUAUGAAAUCAAACCCCACAGCAUGAUGAAUGAAUGAAUCAAUUCAACUUGUGUGAGAUGAGGCAUUUAGAAUGAUGAAGCUGUGGAGAUCUCAUGUAUUGUACCCAUAACAAUACACAGAAUGUCAUUGUUUGUAAUGUCCUCAUUUGGAGCUAUUUAUUUUGAGAAUUGUUUGGAAAAUGACAGUACCAGAUAUGACAAACUAACCAUAUUGAGGGUUUUUGUAGUAAAUAGAUGGUUUUAUUAACUGAAAAUAUAGUUAACUGGGAUAUGAAUUAUAGAAACUUUGUCGCUGCUCCUGAAAGGUUGUUUUUGCAUAAUAUGAUUUUAUAGUGCUUUCUUUUUCAUAUGAUGAAAUACCUAGAAAAGGAUUUGUAAGGAAAUUGAAUCAGAAUCUCUGAUGUAAAAUAUUAUAAUGUAGUAUCAAAUACAUAUUUAAAGGUGUUAAGCUCUAAAAGGAAGUAAUUAUGAUUGAUUGACAACAAGACUACACAAGGGCAGGCUGUUGUAUAAUUUACACUGUUGCCACCCUCCAAAAGUUUGAGCUUUUCUUUUUAAAAGAGAAUAAAUUAUUUUUAAAAUACAUCCUGCUUUGCAUUUAUAUCUUGUAUGUUACUUUCGGUCUUAUAAGAGGUCAUUAUUAGUACUUCAUUGUAAUUUUAUCUUGGUGAUAAUUGGAUAUAUUUCUAUAUAGCUGGUGCCUUUUUUGGUAUUUCUUGAGUAGUAUUGUGUACACUGUACUUUGAUUUUACUUUCUUCUCUAAUAAAUUGGGAUAUAUAUUUCUUCGAUAAAGAGUAAUUUCAGAAGUAUAUGUGAUAAGGACACCGAAAUUGUAAACAGGGAAAGGAAUUCAAUAUGUAUUUCUUUCUUAAAUGUGCAGUAAGUAAAUAUUUGUACAAUGGAUAUUGAUAUAUCUUGUACUGUUGUUGUUCAGAAAUUAAAGAGAUGAUUAUAUUUAUUAAAAUUAUGUAUCUACAUUAUAAAUAUUGUGUAUAUAUAUGACUUUUCUAUAAGAGCUAUACCAUUCAAAUAUAUAGGUGUAAUUCAGUUAAGGAUUAAACUGUCUUUUUUUGGUGUCUAUGGUCGAUAUAGAUGCCAGAGCUUUGCAAACAAACGUCAUAUUGGGUGUCAAUUAUGGUCACAUAGACCGCAAAUCUUUUUACUUGGUUUAUAUCGUGGCUUUGCCACCAAAAUGCAAAUAUAUAGGUGUAAUUCAAUCCUGGUUAAAAUAAGUAUUUCCUUUUCAUAAACGUCGUCGUUACAAAUCCAAUUGUAUAGCAUUUGAUUGGCUGAUAGAGUUGAGGACACCAUUGUAAGGUAGCUUUUGAUUGGCUGAUAGAACUGAAUUCAUCAUUAAAACGUAGUUAUUGAUUGGCUGGUAGAGUUCAGUACAUCAUUGUUAUGUAGCUGUUGAUUGGCCGGUAGAGAUGCGUACAUUAUCGGUUUUUGAUUAGCUGUUAGAGUUGUGUCAUACUUUCUCAAAAAAGAAAAGGAAAAAAAGUCCAUUAAUAAAGGAACAAUAUUACUGCCAUGAGAUAACGUUAAUGAUUUCAUAAGAGAGUACAUUAUGUUUUUUUCCAGUUUAUGGCUCCUCAAAAUAAAAGAAAGAUUGAUUAACUUUUAAUAGAAUAUGUUUGAAUCAAUAUCUAAAAUUUUCGUUCAGGUUCAAGCUCAAUAGAGUUUAACUAUUGCUAUACAUUAUAUAAUUAGGCACGUUUUGAAUUGAUGUCCUUGGUGAUGUUUUAUCGAAAGAAAACCGUUUGUGAUGGCUUUAAAAAUAUUUCAUUAAGACGAUAGCCUUGUGAUAUCCUUGGGUAUAUUUAAUGGUAUAAUACGGUAUACGUCCUCUUUGGGUUAGUAUCAAGCCAAGAACAGACUCCCUAUUAGUCCCAUCACUGUUUUUAGUUAAAGCUGCUUUAUAAUCACAUUCCUACAGUAUUCCGGUACUGUGUUCGUGUCUUAUGUUUGUGUUUUAUUGUAUAAACAUGUCCUUGUGUUGACAAGACUUGUGUAAUUGAGGUUAAUCACGUAAUUUGAAUGAACACAUACCAAAAAGUCAGCAAAUAUAAAAUCGUCCCAGCAGUCAUCGAGAAAACGGAAUCUAUCAAAUAUUCGAUAUGUCAGACUAAAGUGCAUUUUACAGAAAUAGAAGUGUUAUUAACAAUUGUCAGGUGUUAUAAAUUUAUCAUUAAGUAACAAGUAGUAUAAGUUAUUUAUCAGAAUAUUAACCUUUAUAGAGUAAAUUAGACUGUAGGUCUGUAGUAAUUUAACAGUGACACGCCUAUCCGUAACAAAGCACUGUGUUCUUUAUGCUUGGAUACAUGCUCUAUUUGUGUACAAAGGCGGAAGAAGUAAACGCUGUUUAUCACGACUGUUCGUGGACUGUUAAUGGUUAAUACCGUAAUAUAACGUGUGAUAUUUGAUAGAUAAUUUGUCAGGUUGAUGUCAUAUAUUGUUUCCUUUAUUGUGAUAAAGUUAAAUCGGGUCGAAUCCCAAGGAGAAUGGAAUUAUGAUUUUGGUGUGAAUCUCACCGUUUAAAGGACCAAUAAGUUUUUGUGUUUUCAAACAUUUUGCAUAAUAUGCAUGGUUGUUUUGAUGCUCGUUUAAUACGAAACUUGUCGUAGUUAAAGUAUCUGAAAUCAUCAAAGAGUAUGGAAUCAAAUAUUGUUAUGACUAAAUACAUUUCUCAAUGUUUAUCAGCUGUAUUUUUCUGUUUAUUGAUAUUUAUCUGUACCUCUAUACAUUUUUUUUAAUAUACUUUGUUUCGCGUCUCAUAUUGUUUGGUAUUGUAUGUGGCUCCUAUACCAGUGUAAUUAAACUUCUGUCUGGUUCAUAUACAUUGAUACAGUUACACUUGUGUUAAAAUUUGUUGAAUUUUGAUUAAGAUUUUCUUGUUGUAUAUCUGCUAUAAGUUCUAAAGUAUUUUUUUUUUUGUCAGACGGUUUGUCUUUUCGCAUAUGAAUAUACAAUAUACUGUGUGUGCUUAUUAACUGAAGAGAGUGUGUUAUUAUCGAUGUUUAUAACAUGGUGGACAUUUGAUAUAUAAGAUUGGAAGAUUAAGAUUGGUUUCCUCUGUGAAGUUCAUAUAAUGACACUUCAUGGGCAGAGCGUAGAACCAAGUCACGUCACUCGCGAUAUUGGAUGGGCUUAUACGUGCGCUUUAGUUUAUUUGAUGUUUGGGUGUGAAGGCAUCGAAAUUAGGCAUGCCAACAAUUUAUUUUGGUUGAAAAAUGAUAAUUAUCAUAAUUUAUUUCAAAUUUUAAAUGAUUCAGGCGUAAUCAUGCCAAUACGUUCAAUGAUUUACAGAAUUCCAAUUCAUUGGUUGUCAAAUUAAACCGUGGAUAGAUAUUUAUUCGUGUUUUUAGAAAAUGUAAGAAAUAGAAAAUGACAUUAAAUCCCAAUGUAUGGCCAUAAAAUUGUUUAUUGAUAUGCGUAUUCAUGACAAAACGUGCACAAAUUGAGAGCGAUUUCAUUUCUCACUUUAUUAUCUAAAGAUACAAAAAAAAAUGUAUUAGAAUACAUUACGCAGUCCUCAAUAUCUCAUUGAAAUUGACAGUGUUCCGUAAACAUGCCUCAUUUGGGAUGUAAGCUUUAAUAGAAGUGGUGUAGAAUAUAGAGGCUUUAUGUACAUUUGAAUGUUGACUAACCUUUUAUUAAUGUUAAUAUGUAAAACCUUACCGGGUUGUUGAUGGUUAAUACACAUAAAGACAGUAUGUUAAAUAGGAGUUUUCUUCACGAAUAACGAGUAGAAAGUGUUAUUUUUCAUUAUCAAAGAAGUGUUAAACUUUCAAUAAUGUCACUUGUGAAAUAAAACUUGUUUGAAUUAUACCAAGACCGUUUUUUACUUUGAGAUAUAAAGCCUGAAAUGUAUUUAUUUUUGAAAAAAAACCACUACCUGUCCUGUCGAAAUUAAUAUGUAUGCGAUGACAUGAAGAACGCUUUCUUAUGCUAGUAUAAGAAUAAUGUUCGGCACGCAUUCUUGCAAGAAUCAAAAGCUGAAUUUUGUUUUAUAUUGAACACAUAUUUGUUUAGGUAAUACUCGACUUACACAUAUGUAUUAAUGUAAUUAUAAUUAAUCUUUUAAUACAGUUCUAGGGAGAUUAUCAUGGUUAACAGGACAGUGUCAAUGUGUGAAGAAAAUAUUCCAUAAGAAACAGCAAAACGGCAUCAAGGAGGCAAUAUUUUAAUCAACAAAUUGUAGUAUGUAUCUAUUUACCCUGAAUUUCUUGUACGCAUUGAGGUAAAUACAAACUCGUUACUUUUUAAGAAUAGAUUUGCCUCAUAUACACUUAUCGAGUGUAUAUUUCCAGUACCCUUUGCAAAAUAUUUGUAUGCUGACAAUCCCAAAUGUACCAUUUUUGAAAAUAAAAAAAAACUGAUAAUAAUACCCUUUGCAAAAUAUUUGUAUGCUGACAAUCCCAAAUGUACCAUUUUUGAAAAAAAAAAAACUGAUAAUAAUACCCUUUGCAAAAUAUUUGUAUGCUGACAAUCCCAAAUGUACCACUUUUGAAAAUAAAAAAAAACUGAUAAUAAUUUGAAUUCCAGUUUUAAUGAUAUGUUUUAGACGUUUACAAUAAUGCAUAGUUUCAUUUUUAUACACAUCUGCUGUUACCGAUAUAUUACUCAUUUAGAACAUGUUAUCAAUUCGUUAUGAACUCAUAUACAGUGAGCACUUUUGUUCGUGCAGUCACUCAGUAUUAUUAACGCUGUAGUCGAUGACAGGACGACGACGAACGACAACAUGUGGGAAUUUCUGGAAAUAAAUUUGUACCUUAGCUUUCA